AUGCAGCCGCAGCAGGGCAGAGCCGCGGGGUUCGGCUGCGGCGGGGACGAGCCCGGCGGGCCGGUCCGGCCCGUGCCGCUGCCCCCCGUGCAGCAGAACCUCAACUACUGCCCGCACAUCUUCUGGGUGGAUGGCUGUGCCGAGCCAGCGGCUCCCUGUGCCCCCGCCGGCCCCACGGCUCCCUUCCCACCGCCCGUCCCCGACCGGAGCAGAAAACCACGGAACAAAGGAAGGGAACGCGGGGAAAGGAGCAGCGCCGGCUUCCUCGUGAUGUUCCUGCUGAUCCUGGUGGCCUUCACCGGAGUGGGGCUGAGCGUCUUUAAGAUUUUUCACCUGGAGAAGGAAGUGGAUGAACUCAGAGAGUCUGCCGGCGCUGAGCACAUCCCUCCGUCCUCUCAGAAACUCACAGGUGACAAAGAGGAAAAUUUAAGGAAGGAGGCCAGGAGGGCAGCCCAUGUCACAGGCAACCCAGCCCAGCAGGGGCUGCCUCUGGAGUGGGAGCCCAGCUCUGGCCAUGCCUACACCAGCGGCAUCCAGUACGAGGAGCGGGGGCUGCGGGUCAGCGAGCCGGGGCUGUACUUCGUGUACUCGCAGGUGCUGUUCCGCGGCACGGCCUGCGACGCCCAGCUGCUGGCACACGUGGUGUACAAGAGGAACCCGGCCUCCCCGGGCAGCCUGGUGCUCAUGGAGGACAGAGCCACCAACUUCUGCUCAGGCCAGAGGCUGUGGGCCCGCAGCAGCUACCUGGGGGCUCUCUUCAGGCUCAGGAGGAUGGACAGCCUGCACGUCAACGUCUCCAAAAUCGCCCUGGUCAGCUUCGAUGAAUCCAAGACUUUCUUUGGUUUGUUUAAGCUUUGAAGUGGAGCAUGGCUGGCAGCCCCUUCACACACACACACACACAUGGAUGUGUGAGGGCUGAGAGCCGCCUGGGCACCACCAAACCCACCAGAAGCCAUGUUUGAGCUUCAGCACGAGGGGACCCAAGCAAUGGGAAAGGCUUGAGAGCACCAGGGCUGUGCUGCAUCAGCCUGAACAGAAUUGCACGUGUUCUCCUUGCAAAAACCCAACAAACUCAGAACGUGGCGUGCUGCAGGCCCUGCUGGAACUCACUACUUGCUGCCUGAGAAGAUGGUGGGACCUGCUGCUCCCCGUGGUGGCACAGCCCUGCUGGGGACAGCUGGGGGUGUAAGGAGGUGUCUGGGUGGUGCCACCACACCACAGGGGUGUGGGGAUGAGCAGUGUGACCAGCUGCUCCCCCUGAGCCAUGGCUGGCACUGCCCAGCACUGGCACUGC